AUGCGAAGAAGAUCGCAUUCUGGGAUGGGAGUUCCUGGAAGGACAUCGAGGUUGAUAAGGAUGUGGGGGUUAUGGGUGGGCAUCACUCAGUGCUGUCGCUCCGAGACCUUGAUUGCGUGCUCCGCGACAAGGUUUGCAUUGCAAGAUAUUGGAAGAAGGGAGUCAAGGUCAAGUCCGGUACCCGGGUCAUGGAUCGGAGCUGGCAUUUUCUCAAGGAGCCUGUCCUUGUAA